AGUUUUAAGUCCUCCAUUAAACUUUUAUUGUCAGAUAGCAUGCAGGGAGAAAAUGCAUAUGAAAAGUUUAAAGAAUAACAAAAUGUGUACUCAAUCAAUCCCCAGCCAGGCUGAGAAAAAAUACUACUACUUUCCCCCUCGCAUGCCCCUCUGUCCAUCCUUUAAGGUAGCCAAAUGUGGGGGAGAAAUCACUUUUUUUUUAACCUUGUUCAUCCAUUUUACUAUUUAAUUUGCAGCAGGAGGAAAAUAUGCCUACUUUAUCCAAUCUGACACAGACACUGGAAGAUGCCUUCCAAAGGAUUUUUGUGACUUACAUGGACAACUGGCGCAGGAACACGACAGCUGAGCAAGAGGCCCUGCAAGCCAAAGUGGAUGCCGAGAACUUCUACUAUGUCAUCUUGUACCUCAUGGUGAUGAUCGGAAUGUUCUCUUUCAUCGUCGUAGCCAUCCUGGUAAGCACGGUGAAGUCCAAGAGGCAAGAACACUCCAACGACCCCUACCACCAGUACAUUGUGGAUGACUGGAGAGAGAAGUACAAGAGCCAAAUUCUGAAUCUAGAAGAAUCCAGGGUCACCAUCCAUGAGAACAUCGGUGCAGCAGGGUUCAAAAUAUCUCCAUGACAAGUGGGAAAGGCAUACAGCCAGCCUCUGACAUCCACGUAUGAAGAGAUGCCCUGCCAUGAAGCACAUCCAAAUUGUCAUUGCUCAGAAGAGCCCAAGUUCCUCACUCUCUGUGGAGACUUUUCAUGGAGAUCAUGUGGUUGGUCAAGUAAGACAGGUGACAUUUCAAUCUCAGUGAUCGAUGCUUGCUUGUCGGAGCAAUAUUUUAUGCUGAAGACUUCCUUUACUUUCUGUGCAAUGUAAAUGUCAUUUUAAUCAAUGUCAAUAAUGAAAAUACAGCCAAAUUUGAAGCAAAGUACCUGGGCAGUGGCAGUGGGGGUAGAAAGGAGAGAUUUACAAAGCACUGUAGCUUCUUUCUCAUGAAGCAUUAUUUCGUGUGUGACUAACUGAAUUUAUAAAUAACCCAGAUGUAUUAAUAACCUUGAAGCUGAGGUUCAAAAUCGACCCCUUGCUCACUAGAGUGACAUAGAAGCAUUUACAAUUCAUGAAUGUAGAGUCUGAAGUGACAAUGAACAGAGCUAUGGGGUUACUUUAUGGGUACUGCUUUCCUGGCAUUUAACUUAUUUGGAAGUCUGGAGACAGAACAAACGUUUCACAGGGGCAACUAGUGCACACCAGAGAAGUAGAAUCUUUAAGAACUACCC